CGGGAGCCCGAGGGGAGGGGGUGGGGACGGUGGGGAGGAAGGAGGGGGAAAGGCACCAACCAGCAGCCGCUCCAGCCCUGCCGAAGUUUCACUUUUUGUCUGUGGGUCCGCUCCCGGACCCGCGCGAGCUUUCCCGGGAUAAGUAGCGUUAGCGAGCAGGGGAGAGCCGAGCGCUGCAAGGUGGAGACCUUGAGGCACAGAAAUACAGCUGAAGACAAGCCAGUCACCUGGUUCUCAUUUGAGGCCUUUUCUCAUUGUUCUCCUGGGCGUCAUCCUCAGAGGGAAGCAAUUUUUCUUCAGUUGGCGAGCAGAGCCGAAAGGGGCCUAGCCAGAACCACAGCACUGGUUAGUGGCAGAACUUGGACAAGAACCCGGUUAUUAGUGAAUUCCUCUUUUCUUCUUUGAUUUCCUGUGCCAGUUUCAGGAAUCUCAAGGGGUACAGUAUAGUGAUUCAGCAAGUCCACACGUCACUCAGUUCUCCUCGUGACACCGGCAUUGCAGUCUGCCAAACCUUGUGUUGUCUGACCAUUCCAGGAACUUGCUCUCUGAGUUCCAGAUUCCAACAAUGUCUCACCCAUCUUGGCUGCCACCCAAAAGCACUGGUGAGCCCCUCGGCCAUGUGCCUGCACGGAUGGAGACCACCCAUUCCUUUGGGACUCCCAGCAUUUCAGUGUCCACACAACAACCACCCAAGAAGUUUGCACCGGUAGUUGCUCCAAAGCCUAAAUACAACCCGUACAAGCACCCUGGAGGUGAAGGUGACUUUCUUCCACCCCCGCCUCCACCUCUAGAUGAUCCUGGUGCUCUUCCGUCCAGCCCCGGAAACUUCCCUCCUCCACCACCCCUUGACGAAGGUGCUUUCAGGGCACAGCACGGAAAUCCUGGAGGCAAGACCCUUGAGGAGAGGCGUUCGAGCCUGGAUGCCGAGAUAGACUCGCUGACUAGCAUCUUGGCUGACCUUGAGUGCAGCUCCCCCUACAAGCCUAGGCCCCCACAGGGCUCUACUAGCUCGACAGCCUCUCCUCCAGUCUCCACCCCUGUCACAGGACACAAAAGAAUGGUUAUACCAAACCAACCGCCUCUAACAGCAACUAAAAAGUCUACAUUGAAACCACAGCCUGCACCCCAGGCUGGACCCAUCUCCGUGGCACCAAUUGGGACACUAAAACCCCAGCCUCCACCGGUCCCUGCUUCCUAUACGACAGCAUCGACCCCUUCCAGGCCUACCUUCAAUGUGCAGGUGAAGUCAGCCCAGCCCAGCUCUCUUUAUAUGGCUGCUCCUUCAUCAGGACAAUUUUACAGCCAAGGCCCAGGACCCCAGGGCUAUAACACUCCCCCAGUUUCUAUCUCUGGGCAGUGCCCACCUCCUUCAACACGAGGGGGCAUGGAUUAUGCCUAUAUUCCACCACCAGGACUUCAGCCUGAGCCCGGGUAUGGGUAUGCCCCUAACCAAGGACGUUAUUAUGAAGCCUAUUGCCCAGCAGGGCCUGGCUAUGGGGGCAAAAAUGACACCGAUCCAGCUUAUGGUCAGCAAGGUCACCCAAACACCUGGAAGCGGGAGCAAGGGUAUACUCCUUCUGGAACAGGAAACCAGAACCCCCCUGGGAUGUAUCCAGUUUCUGGUCCCAAGAAGACCUACAUCACAGAUCCCGUUUCAGCACCGUGUGCACCACCGCUGCAACAAAAGGGUGGACAAACAGGUUCCAUGGGGCCUCCAGCUGUUCCCCCCUCAUUCCGUCCUGAAGAUGAACUCGAACACCUGACCAAGAAGAUGCUGUAUGACAUGGAAAAUCCACCUGCAGAUGAAUACUUUGGCCGCUGUGCUCGCUGUGGGGAGAAUGUCGUUGGGGAAGGGACAGGAUGCACUGCCAUGGAUCAGGUCUUCCACGUGGACUGUUUCACCUGCAUCAUCUGCAGCAACAAGCUCCGGGGACAGCCCUUCUAUGCCGUGGAGAAGAAAGCUUACUGUGAGCCCUGCUACAUUAAUACCCUGGAGCAGUGCAGCGUGUGCUCCAAGCCCAUCAUGGAGCGGAUUCUGCGAGCCACCGGGAAGGCCUAUCAUCCUCACUGCUUUACCUGUGUGAUGUGCCACCGCAGCCUUGAUGGGAUCCCAUUCACCGUGGACGCUGGUGGCCUCAUUCACUGCAUUGAGGACUUCCACAAGAAAUUUGCCCCCCGAUGUUCUGUGUGCAAGGAGCCUAUCAUGCCAGCCCCAGGCCAGGAGGAGACUGUCCGGAUUGUGGCUCUGGAUCGCGAUUUCCAUGUUCAUUGCUACCGCUGUGAGGACUGUGGUGGUCUCCUGUCCGAAGGCGACAACCAAGGCUGCUACCCUCUGGAUGGACACAUCCUCUGUAAGACCUGCAACUCUGCCCGCAUCAGGGUGCUCACCGCCAAGGCCAGCACCGACCUCUAAAUACAGUUGCCUGCUGAGCUGCUUAGUUGGGGGCACUGAGAAGAAGGAAGCACAAGACAAAGAUAUGGGAAAUACAGGAAAGGCAAUCAAGCCGUGAGAUGGUCUCUGUUCUUCCUCUAAUAUUAACCUUUCUUCAGAAGCACAUAGAUGAUGAGUUUUUUUUUUUUUUUACGUUCUCACCAAAUACACAUUUCACAUUUAAUCAUGUAGGACCUUGAUGGGCCUUUGUUCCCAAGGACUUCCACAUUUUUGCACGGAUUAUACUCCAUCCCAUUCACUUCUGCAUUCCUGUAACUUUUAAUCCCUAUGUUUGUUUCACUUUUCAUCUGGUUGAAUGGCUUUUUUAGUGUGGUAUUUGCUGUCACACAGUUUUUCUUGGGUGAGUCGGGCCAACUCACAGGUGCUUUUAGGCUUGAAGGGUCCGUCCUGUCAGUUCCACGUGGCCUGUGAACAGGAAGUAUAGCCACUCUUUUUCUGUGCAUUAAAAAGUACAUCUUUCUGUUACUCUAAACCAGUCAUGCCCCUUGGGGGGGAAAAAUAGUGUGCCAUGUAUAUGUUAGGCUACAAAGAAUUUAAGCUGUAAAUUACAUAGGUUAAAAUAAGCCCAAAUUUAAUUUGUAACCAAAUUUGAUUGGAAAUUCAAAAUCUGUAGUGACCAGUGGUCAGGGCUCAUUUGAAAACAGUUAUUGAUGAAAGAGAUCCAAAGUUCACUUUUUUUUUUUUUUCCUAAAGGAAUGCAGGGGAAAAAAAGCAUUUUGGGGGUAUUUUGAAAAGCUUAUUAUUAUCCCACCAUUCCGUCUUAAGAUUUCCCUUUUCCGUGCUACCUAGACCUCAUAAUUCAGACAAACUUUGUUUUCUCUGGAACAUUACAGUUACAAUACUGUCCCACUUUUCAUCUCAGAAAUACUGCCAUGUUGUUUUUUGAUCCAAACACAACUACCAAAGUCGAGUUUUCUGUGGUGGAAGACAGUC